AUGACCGCCAUUGCUGCAACCGCCACGCUACUCUUCAUGCUGCUUCCUGUCACUUUGGCCUGCGUUCCCCAAAAAGCAGAUUACGUCAUGGUUUCGUGUUUCCCAAACGCCAUCAUCGCCAACGUGCCAGAGUGUCCGUACGGCUGGGAGUUGGAGCAGCUGUCCCUGGGAGGCGUCUGCUCCACCGGCGUGCACAGCUCGGGCUACUACCGCUUCAUCAUCCCCGACCUGACGCCCAGGAACCACUCCUACUGCGGCACCCAGUCUGAGUAUAUUCCAGGCAAAGACGCCAAGUACGUCUUCUACAACUCGGUGGUGUCCAACGAUACGUCGCUGACACUCCGAAACCAGCCAGUCAACUACACCUUCAGCUGUGUGUACCGAGCGUCUUACCUGGUCAACAACGCCGUCUUCAGCCAGAGAGUGGCCACCGUGUACGUCAACAACGGCACCUCGGGCACUUUUAUGUCACAGUUGUCUCUGGGCGUGUUCACGAAUGCCAAGUUCUUGUACGCCAAAGAGGCACCGUACGUGAUCGAUACCUCCGAGAUUGGCUCGGACGUCUUCAUCGGUGUCGAGGCCAAAGGGCUCAGCAGCAGGUUCAAAGUGGUCAUCACCAGCUGCUGGGCCACACCCACACCUUACUCCACAGACAGGAAGAGGUGGAGCCUCAUCAUCAACAGCUGUCCAUCUGACGACUCGGUCAUUAUCUUUGAGAACGCCAAAGAAGGACGCUCCACCUUCAAGUUCAAGUCGUUCCGCUUCCAGGGCCAGGAGAAGGUGUCCAUCGUGUGGCUUCACUGCGAGGUCCACAUGUGUGACAGCGAGCGGCUAGUCUGUCAGCCCAGUCCCUGUCCAGCCAGGAGACUGGCAUGGAAGGCGGAGCCAAGCGGCGGGGUCCUAACAGCUGAGUUUUACAUUAAAGGAGCAUCUCCCCGUAUCCUGCUGCUCGUCCUCAUAAACACGUGUUGUCAUUCACUAACGACAUACUUCAACUGA